AUGGCCAAACUCGUCCACAACGUGCAGAAAAAGCAACACAAGGAGCGCUCGCAGACCUCCGACAGGGCACGCUUCGGGCUCCUAGAAAAGAAGAAGGAUUAUAAGCUCAGAGCCAAUGACCAUCACAGGAAGCAGGCAGCCUUGAAGGUGUUGAAGCAAAAAGCAGCGCAGUACAACCCGGACGAAUACUACCAUGCGAUGACCAAAAAACGCACGGACCAGCACGGGGUCCUUGUGCGUGACCGGGGCAACGAGAACUUGUCCACUGGGCAGAUGAAGCUCUUGAAGUCGCAGGACGUCAAUUACGUGCGGACCAUGCGACUCAACGAAUCGCAAAAGGCCGACAAGCUCCGCAAGUCGUUGGACUUCCAGGCCCAGGGCAAGCACACGGUGUUCGUGGACACGGAGCACGACGCGGAGCUGUUUGACGCGGCCCGCUUUUUCAACACGGACGAGUCCAUGCUAGAAAGACGGGAAAACAGAAUGAGGGUGGACCAGCUUGAAACCAACGAGAAGGUGCUCAGGCAAGACUUGGAUGCGGACGAGCGCGCCGACUUGGAGAAGGAGAAGUUGAGGCGCUUCAAGUUAUUGAAGGAGAGAAUGACCCGCGAGAAGCAGUUGAGGGAGGUGGAGCAGAAGUUGGAGAUCACGCGGGAGUUGAUGAAAAACGGCAACCGCAAGAAGCUCGUGGACGACGACGGCAACGUGGUGUUCAAGUGGAAGAACGAGCGGAAGAAGUAG